CCCUUAAAUCUCACCACCAUCUCUCUCUCUUUUUCUCUCUAUCUCUCAAUCUCUCACAGAAAUGGCUCUCAAGGCCGUCCAUGUCACCGACGUCCCUUCCCUGGACCUGGUGACCGAGAAUGCCUCUCUGUCCCUCUGCUCCUCCCGCUUCCCCAACGGGGUGGAAAUGAGUCGGAGUGACUUCAAGAUGCCAAAGUUCGUCGUGAUCGGACACAGAGGUAAUGGCAUGAACGUUCUGCAGUCUUCCGAUCGAAGAAUGAGAGCCAUCAAGGAAAAUACCAUCUUGUCCUUCAACAAAGCCGCCACUUUCCCGCUCGAUUUCAUCGAAUUCGACGUUCAGGUGACGAGAGAUGACUGCCCAGUCAUUUUCCACGACGAUUUCAUCUUCACAGAGGAGAAUGGUUCUGUGUUUGGGAAGAGAUUAACGGAGCUGAAUCUGUCUGAGUUUCUUUCCUAUGGGCCUCAAAGAGAGGCUGAAAAGGAGGGAAAGGUUUUGCUUAGAAAAAAAGAAGGGAAGAUAAUGCAAUGGGACGUUGAACAAGAUGACCCUCUAUGCACUCUUCAAGAGGCUUUUGUCAAGGUGGAACCCACUUUGGGUUUUAACAUUGAGUUGAAAUUCGAUGACCACUUUGUCUAUGAGCAAGAUUAUCUCGUCCAUGUCCUUCAGACCAUCUUAAAGGUUGUGUUUGAUUAUGCCAAGGACAGACCUAUUAUCUUCUCAACAUUCCAGCCAGAAGCAGCAAUGCUCAUUCGGAAAUUGCAAACCAACUACCCUGUGUUCUUUUUGACAAAUGGUGGAUGUGAAAUCUAUGAAGAUGUGAGGAGGAACUCAUUGGAGGAGGCCAUGAAGCUCUGUUUGGAGAAUGGAUUGGAAGGAAUUGUCUCAGAGAUCAAGGGAAUAUUCAGAAAUCCUGGUGCAGUAACCAAGAUCAAAGAGUCCAAGCUUUCUCUACUUUCUUAUGGAAAAUUAAACAAUGUUCCAGAGGCAGUUUACAUGCAACAUCUAAUGGGAAUCGAUGGGGUAAUUGUGGAUUUGGUUCAAGAAAUAACUGAGGCAGUUGCGGAUAUGAUAAAGCCAACAAAGGGUGGUGAAGGAGAGGGUUUGGUUGAGGGUUGUGGGAAGGUGCAGGGAAACUCAAAGCCUCAAUUUUCACAGCAGGAGUUGUCUUUCCUUUUGAAGCUCAUUCCACAGUUGAUACAAAUUUGAAUAGCAGAAGAGAAGACAUUUCUUGAGGCUUUUUAAUUAAUUUCACAAUAUGUACUGUGUGGCCCUUCACAAAAUCAGUGGACCCCCUUGGAGGGGGUCCAUAAAAAGCUUAACCUUUGUACAUAUAUUUCUUCUUUUCACUUUGUAGAUAUAAAGGAAAGAAUGAUUCAUGUGUCAACUUACUGGUUUGGUGGUCGCCAUCCAAAUAUACUUGUCAGAUAAUGCUUUUCAUUGUUUCAAAAUUGUUACACUGGCAUUUGUCUACCACUGCAAUGAGAAAAUACGGAAACUUGGCCUCUU